GACCAUCCUGCAGCAGGUACGAAGACCGAAGAUGAAAAGAGCAGUCCUUCCAUAUACAGAAAUCAGCAUGUUGGGCAACACACGAGUUCUGCCGAGAUUAUAAUCAGGUCUGUGGUUAAGAUAACCAAACAAAAUAGUCCUCCAAAAAUUUCCUUCUCAAAUAGCAAUGAUUUCAGCUCUACUGUUGCAUCCAAGUAACCGCAAUUCCGAAAUCGAACGUAAAUAACCCACAUUUCAUCCGUUGUGUUUACAAAUGCAUGCGCAUGUGCGUUUUUCAAAGGGAAACAAAAAAAGCGUCAUUCGUUGAUCGGUACGACACGAAUGCAUGCUGAUAAGAAAAAGGGCCCGCGGUGAACAGAAAGGGAUGUAUUGCGCGAAGUGCGGGAAAUGCCGACAACGCAAACGCAGCAUUUGAGCAUGCGAUGAAGAAAUUUGUAAUCAGACAGGGACCAAAGAAGGUACGGGCGAGGUGUGUCUAACCGUAAACUUUAUCAGCAACACCGAAUUCCAGCAUCAUUGACAGAGUGGCACCACGAACGGUGGCCGAACAGAUUAUUGAUUUCAGCAAUGUGAUGUGUAGACAGCAAGGAAUUGAGAGCAAAUAGAGUUAAUCGGUGAAUUCUAUCGGACCGUAAAUGGAAUGGUCUGUUUGUGUGUUAUGCGUACGUGCACAGUGUAAUUGCUAAUGGUUGAUUUGUACAGUGAAACACAGUACGGAAACAUUGAUUUUCACGGAUUUAAUCAAAUUGCAUUCUCUAAAAAUUAACCAGCACUGGUGUGUGUCUGUGUUUUCACUUCGUGUGGCAUAGCGGAAUAAAACCAUGCUGAAGCAAGAAAACUUGGCCGCCAAUUUUUGCGGUUUACUCUCUGUGGGCGGCAAUAAAGAUGUAGCAAUUGAAUGGCGCAUACUAGGAAAGGAGCAAGACAGUUCCCUGCUGGCUAGCUGGGUGUCAUUUGAUCCCAAAAAAGGCCGGGAGGAACAACGCACCAAUGUGGGCAUUUACACGCCGAAACACAAAACCUUCGCCGUGCUGUACACCUUCCCGGGCAGAGAAAACGUUAUUCAGGCUUCGGUCAACCUCACCCACACUCUGCUAUUGUACGUUACGAAGGAAAUUAAGCAGGACGAAUCCGGACGCAACUGUGACAUUUAUCGUGCAUUCUUGGUAGAGGUACGUCCAAUGGUUGAUUCGGUACGGCCCCAUCUGCUAGUGGAAGUUGAGCGUAACCGGCAGGUUAUGGUUACGUUCCUGUGGCGUAAACUGUCCACCUUCGAGAAGAAUUAUCAGGAUAAAUUUUUGCUGCUGGUGCACCACGAACACGUGCUGUUGUAUACAACGUCGUUGAAAAAAAUCGAAACAGCCACCGAAGAUGGCAGUUACGAGAAUGUCCUCGCUGCGGGCAGUAGCAGCAGGAUCGAUUACACCAACCCAAACGGCUGGGAGCUCGAUCGAGAUGCAAUGAAAAGUGAAACGAUAACUAAAGCGUUCAUAUGGGCACAGUGGGAUCCGACCGUACAAGCGCUGUACUACAUACACCUCAAACCAACGACCAGAACCAUCUUCGAAAAGGAAGACGAAGCUUCCGGCGAGCAAGGAGAAGCAUCCAAGCGGCUUCAACCAACCUUAUCCGCGUUUCAGUUUCACGACGAUCUACCGACGGAGACGGUACUGAACAUACCGUUAAACUUACCCAAAAUACCUUCCUCUAGCAGCGAGGACAUUUACGAGGACGACACUGUACCGUUGAGGAUACACGAUUCUUCGCUAAAUCUGGUAAUAGUGAGCGACGAGUCGGGAAUGCUGUUCGUCUGCCACUACUAUCUUUAUCAGCCGAUCAAGCAACAGGAAGAUGAAGCUCAGCCCGCGAACGGUACGGCGCAGAACAUUUUCGACGUACACUUUGCCUACUCGGUAACGAUCCUGCACCAUGGGUGCGUGAUACACUGUGUAAUGCCGGGCAUACCGUGGGAGAAGGCCAAACUGAUGAAACCCACGUUCACGCUGCACGGUGAUCAUCACGUGCUGGUGUUUCAGGCGGAUCUUUUUAUGCAUCUGCUCGAUGUGGGUCUGUCCCAUGAGCCUUCAUGCCAUAUCGUAUGUGCACCGUUUACUCGUGCACCCAUUACGCAGCUGGUUCCCUGUUUCGCCACUAACAACAUUUGCUACGAUUCGGCCACACUCGAUCUGAUCUCGAUAACGAUCCCCAAGUCGCAUCUGAUCGAUGCAUUCCGAAAUGAUACGUCGAUCGAUAAUCGGCUCGCGAUCGUCCACUAUUUUCUGGCACACUCCAAUGGUGGUGAUAUUAUCGAAAUUUUUUCCGAGAUAUUGAGCAUCAUUAUGGAACGGCCACUCCAUCUGGACACGGUUCCACUGCUAAAGGAGGCCUUGGUAGCCGGUACGUACGCCUCGGCAAAAAAAGGACUCACCCAGGAUCAGUUGGCCCUGUUCCGUUUGCUUCCACUGACAACCUGCAGCACUGCGAAGCCAAUCGAGGCCAAAGUGGGCAAGCUAAAUGUGGGCCUUUCGCACGAAACGCUUUACAACACGUCGAUGAUGUUGCUCUCACCACAGCAACGGCUGUCACCGUUCCGUAAAGACAUCUGGACCCAGCUCUGGGAUCGGCUCAGUGAUAACGGCGGCAGUAGCAAAGAACGACCUCGCUUCCAUCAGGAUCAAGUGCGCGAAAAGCUAAUGUAUUCGCUGGCCUGCUACCAACCGGAAGCCCUGUCCCGUUGCACAACUCCCAUGUCACCGGCUAACCCGAUCGGUGGUUCGUUCGGGGUGGAUUUUAUAACCGGCGCCAGCUCGUCCGCUGGUCGGGCACGGUUACAGAACGAUCUACCGUUCGUCGAAACGGAAGCGUGUACCGCUAACAAACAGGAGCUAGUGCUGAACGUGAAUCUGCGCGAACUGAGCAUGCAUUUAGUGAAGCACAGUGUGAAAGAGGUGACCGGUUUCCGGUGGUUAAAGAAUGCUUUCUACGAUACGAAUCCGGCCACGUCGCACGUGCAUGCGGUCGCGACACGAUACGUUGCCGCCCAACUGGAACAAUCGCGAGCGCUCUGUGUGCUCGUGUGCCGUACGGCGGGUCUUGAUCAUGCGCUAGCCGUGGAGGGUACCGAAAGCCGGGGGUUCGCACUGAUCGAUCAGCUCGAACGUGCACUGCAGGUACGAUUGUUUGCCAUGCUCGAACGCUACUGUUUGGCGGUGGAAACGCUGGCAUUUCCGCUACCGCUUGGGUUUUGCUCGUUCUUCUCGUACCUCGGCUAUCGGGCACUGUCGUUCGACAGCUUCAUGCAGUACGUGGAGCAUCACGUAUUUGAGUUGCAGAUCGACGUGGUCAAGGUGAUCUUUGCCGACAUUGAGGAUACGCAGGAUGGGAUUCGGCAGAAGCUGAAGCUGCUCAUGAUUUUGCCACGAUCGAGAGCUCGGAGGUUGCUGAAUAGCUGGAACCAUCCGGUGAGCGCAAUGCUGCGUGGACGCGAACACGCCAUGAACAUCUUGUCCGGGAACUCGGUCCACCCACGCGGAUCGGCACAUCUAAAAAAGCGGGACUAUCAACCGAAAGUUUGUGCAUGCUUGCGUAACUAUUGCCACCGAGUUUUCAUUUUGUUUGGUUGCGCUCAAUCAGAAGAAAACGAGUGUCUAUCACCAUCACCAUUGCGCACCAGUCGAUCCUUGCGAAAGCCACCAUCAUACACCUCAUCCUCGGAAGCUUUCUCACCCGCCUCAUCAUCUGACCUCGAUCAUAUGGAAAAUUCAUCCCGUUCGCGCAAUUUGCGUACAUACGCGAGCUUAAACGCUCUUCGUCUCGUAACUUCGCCUUCGUCGCUGGUCGACUUGGAAGCGGGGCUAACCGGCAGCGGUAGUGAUCGCGAUCGGAGAGAUGACGGCAAAGAAGAUCCCAAUCCCAAUGCUACUAUCGCUUUCGGUAGCUCCCCGCCUACGAAUUGGGCGAGAACACAGGUGCAGCGGUUUCGUUGUACUUCCUCUACAUCCUCCUUUCUAAUGCAACUCUGUCGCGAUACUCCGGAUAAAGCUGUUCGCAUGUCGAGACGUAAUGCCGUAACUGACCACAGCAACCGUCGCCGGGAGGAAUCGUCCCACACGGUAACACUGCUGCUUAGUGUUGGUUAUUUAAUUGUGGCCAGCACGAUCGUCGCCUUGGUCGUGUUUGUUAUGCUAGAGUUCCGUGUUGCAUCUUCCGUUGUCUGGUAUACGCAAAUGUUGCGAAUGCUGUUUUAAACUUCCGUGUGCAAUAACUCAUUUCCACGUGGGUGGCAUGUUAAGGCUUUUUUUAAUAGCAAUUCUGAGCAAGAAGACAAUCUGACGCUCGAUAGUCUCAUUUCGCUUUUGCAUGUUUUCAAUGUUUUAAAGUCAUUCUUAUCCUUGUUUUGUUUAAAUCGUUUUUGUUAUCAAUUUUCGUUUCUUUGCAUCAGUGUGGAAAAUCGUUCGUUUCUACCAGUGGAACACUAUGUAUAUAAAGUAUUUACAUCUGUUCUAGAUCUCAGCCAAGGGUUAGGAGCUGCCCGGAAGCUCCAGCAACCGUUGGAUAAUUUUCUCGACCUGCUUACUGCUAAAGCCAACCUCAACGAACUUGACUUUAAUCUGCUGAUUGAAACAACGCUCACAUCGGUGGAGAAUUU